AUGGGGUCAAGUUCCUCGUCGUACGCCCCAAAAACAGUCUACCUUGAUGUUGACGGAAGAGUCCAGAGGGUGAUUUUCAGUCGACAUUGCAGUCCCUGUGACGUCAGAGAGCUUCUGUGUUCCUCCUCAAACAUAGCCAGAAACACUGCUAUCCUUUUAGUGGACCACAAAGGAGCUUUGGUUUCUAUCCAUCCUACAAUGCCCGCAAACACUCCCAACACCUUGUAUAAGGUCGUGCCCCAAUCAACAAGUCAAGUUGGAGAGAAAGAGGACAUGUUCCAGAAUGUUCUCUCACAAGUGGCAGAGCAGUUCAGCAGGGCUUUCAGAAUCAAUGAACUGAAGACUGAGGUUACCAACCGGCUGGCCAUGCUGGAGAAGAGAGUGGAACUGGAGGGUUUGAAAGUGGUGGAGAUUGAGAAAUGCAAGAACGAUCUGAAAAAACUGAGGGAUGAGAUGACCUCUAGAGGAGGAGCACGAGUGAACUGCAACUGCAAAUACAACUUCACAGAUGAUGGAAAGAAACUCUCGCCUAGGCGAGAUGUGCCAAGUUAUCCAAAGUACACAUUGUCUCAAGAGACCAUAGAAGCAUUGAAGAAGCCCACCUUUGAUGUCUGGCACUGGGAACAUAAUGAGAUGUUGAGUUGUCUGGAGUAUAUGUACCACGACAUGGGUCUGGUCAAGGAGUUUAACAUGAACCCAAUCACACUCAAACGCUGGCUGUUGAGUAUUCAGGAGAAUUACCGUGACAACCCCUUCCAUAACUUCCGACACUGCUUCUGUGUGAGUCAGAUGAUGUACGGAAUGAUUCAUCUGUGUAAUCUUCAGGAGAGGUUGACUAUGACGGACAUUUGCAUUCUCAUGACAGCAGCAGUGUGUCAUGACCUCGACCACCCGGGAUACAACAACACGUAUCAGAUCAACGCCCGUACGGACCUGGCAGUACGCUACAACGAUAUCUCUCCUCUGGAGAACCACCAUUGCGCGGUAGCUUUCCAGAUCCUCUCCAUGCCCGAAUGCAACAUCUUCGCCAACAUAGAACCUGAAGCCUUCAAACAGAUUAGACAGGCAGUCAUUACCCUUAUUCUGGCCACUGACAUGGCAAGACAUGGGGAGAUACUAGAUUCUUUCAAACAGAAGGUGGACAAUUUUGACUUCACCAAUGAGGACCAUGUUAAAUGCCUGAAGAUGGUCUUGAUUAAGUGCUGUGACAUCUCUAAUGAGGUUCGGCCCACUGAAGUUGCAGAACCUUGGGUGGACUGUCUUCUGGAGGAAUACUUUAUGCAGAGUGACAGAGAGAAGUCUGAGGGACUUCCUGUUGCCCCAUUUAUGGAUCGAGAUAAAGUGACAAAACCCACUGCACAAAUUGGCUUCAUCAAAUUUGUCCUCAUCCCCAUGUUUGAAACAGUCAUGAAGCUCUUUCCUCAGAUUGAGGAGAUCAUGGUCCAGCCACUGCGAGACUCUCGGGAUCAUUACGAAGAACUCAAACAGAUAGAUGACGCCAUGUCAGAGGCACAAAAGAAAAAGACAGAGAGCAUGUCACUAGGUGGAAAGAAGAAAUAG